AAACAAGCCACUUAAAUUUUCACUUGUUGAAAGAACGUGAAAACUCCUUUUUCUUUUUGUUUAGUUUUUUAAAGACGACUGCGAGGCGACGUGAAAGCUAACGAGAUUACAAGCGCACAGUUGAGCUGCAGCUUGAGAUUAAAACAUUCCAAAUUACUAACAACACUUCCACCCAGUAGUACUAUUCAUCUUGAAAGAACCAUCACCAUCAUGUCUUUUCCAGACGAGUCUCCAUCUUCCCAGUCCUCUUGGAAGGAGUGCAUUGAGGAGGCAGAGCGAUUACGCGAUGCAAAGGACUACUUCCAAGGUAUGCAGAGGAUUCAGCGUGCCUUCGAACUAUGGGAAGAGGCUUACCUGUUGCCAGAACAAGGGGAGACAGAUGAUAAAAACAGUAGUUCUCAACAUGGUCAAGGAGGAUUUCUCUCAGUAUCUUCUUUGCUACAACAAUUAGGAGACAAGGUGGCUCGGAGCGAAAAAGCGAUUCGAGAAGUGAUAGGUGCGAGCUUUGCGUCAAGGGAGGACCAGUACACAAAAGGACUUCUGCUGACGGAUCCGCAGGCUUUUUGCAAUCAUGUCUUGUUGCCGCUAUUCCAAGACCUGGCGGGAGAUACGGGGGCGGGAGGAGCGCAUAGCAUUAUGGGUGAAGUAAAAUUUAAGCGAUUAAGUAUAAGUAAGUAUUUGUAGGAUUAGUUUUAGUUCUACACAAGAAUGUUCUCGAACAGAAUCCAAGAACGAAAAGAUGAACAACAUUUGCCUACUGUUCCUACUUUUCCCCAUCUAUCAUGACUUUCUCCGUGCUCUUUCUUGUCCUUCUUCUAAGCUACCCAAAAAAGUUGGUCGCACGAUCAUGAACAUUAUUCGGAAAGAGGUCUCCCGCUUGUACCUGACAAGAGCUUCUUUACUAGAGGAACUCUCAGCCGAAAGUCGCGCACGAGUCGAGUAUCAAGCUAUCCUGUUGAUUCUGUUCUUAGAUCAGCAGAUAAAGCGAUCAACAGAGCACGAGAGCAGUGCUCCGACAACAGCUGAGCAGGAUGACGAGCAGGAGCAACACGUGGCAGAAGAAAUGAAGAAACUACAGAAAUUCGUACUCUCUAGACUGCGGCGUUGCGACGAGAAGAAAACAGAAUCGAGUUCAAGUAGCACGUCUACUGCUCCGAAGGACUGCCCUACAACUGGUACCAAUAUUUUAAGGGUAGGUUAAAGGUGCUUUUCUUACCGCUUUUUAUGCCUCUCUCCCUUAGGAUGAGAAAGGCAUAACAAGCGGGGUAAGCGAGCACCAAAAACCUACCUCUAAAUAAAGCAGAGAAGAACACGGGCAGCACGACUAGAAAAGGUUCGAAACCAGCCGCAGCCUCUGCAGACAAGAAGAUACCUGUGACGAUAUUGACCGGUUUUCUUGGCGCGGGAAAAACAACACUCCUGAACAAAAUUCUGCGUGAACAAAAUUCUGAUCUUAAGAUUGCUGUGAUCGAAAACGAAUUUGGGGAAAUUGGGAUCGAUGACUCGCUCAUCUACAGGAGGCAAGAGUUAGGAGACGAGAUGAUCAUAGAGAUGAACAACGGCUGCAUUUGUUGUACCGUACGUGGCGACUUGAUUCAGGGAUUGAGAAACUUGUUGCAGAGGGGAGGGGCGGAAUUGGACGUACAACACUUUUAGUGAUGUAGAAUCAUGAUAGCCUAAAAACUACACUCCCUAACGGCAAUCACACGUCCAUCUACUUAUGUUUUAGUGAUGUAGAAUCAUGAUAGCCUAAAAACUACACUCCCUAACGGCAAUCACACGUACAUCUACUUAUGUUUUAGUGAUGUAGAAUCAUGAUAUUGGAAAACUGGAUAUAUGUUUUAGUGAUGUAGAAUCAUGAUAUUCGAAAACUGAAAAUAUCCGAGUUACUGACUCCUGAAAUAAGGGAGGUAGCUUAACAUCAAGGCUAGUCUUCCUUCUCGUCAGUAUCUCGGUUAUUCUGAUCAUUUACUUGCUUAUUUCAGUUUUCGAAUAACCCAAAAAAUGCACUCCCUAACUGCAAUCAUACCCAAAACUCGCACACACCACGUCCUUCAUUCCAUUUUCAGGCUGUCAUCAUCGAAACUACUGGCCUCGCUGAUCCUGCACCUGUUGCACAGACUUUUUUCGUCGAUCCAUUGAUACAGCGCUCUUUUCGGCUAGACAGUAUUGUCACCGUAGUGGAUGCGAGGCACUUUCUCCUGCACUUGGAUGAGGAGAAACCCGAAGGAGUGGAAAACGAGUGUCAUGAACAGGUGGCUUUUGCGGACAAGAUAUUGCUAAACAAAUGUGAUUUAGUCACGGCAUUCGAUGAGGGGGAAAGUUACGCCUUGUUCUCUUUGAGUGGAGAUGUAACUAGUUAUAAAGUUGACUUCUAUAUUUAAGGCUCGGAGAAAUUCAUCUUAAGAGGCAUCUUUGACCGCUUUCCUAAGGAGGAAGUGCGUUAAAGAUGCUCUUCAAGAUGAAUAAAAGUAAGGUCUAAUAUAUCUAUUCCUAACAAUUGCUUUCUCUAGUAUCGUCGCAGUUCUUGCACGACGUUGCUUUCUGAAGAUUUGAAGCAAACACACACACAUUCUCCGAAACCAAGAAGUGCUGGUGAUUUUCUAAUCGGAACAAGGAGUCCUCUCUAGCAUUCAAAGCCGAGUUCGAGAGGUAAAUAGUCUGGCCUCUAUCACGGAGACGGUGCGAUUUGAGAACAUCGAUGUUGCGAAGGAGGUGCUGAACCAAAAAGCGUUCGCUUUGGACAGGAUCCUCGAGAUGGAACCGGACUUCCUAGUCGAGGAAGGAACAGAGCACGUCCACGAUGAAAGCAUUUCUUCUGUUUUAUGGAGUAAUAGGUAGGUCAUUUCUUGAUGCAUCUAAUCGAUAGAGAGCGACAAUCAUGUAGACCUUCUACUUCUAAUCUUCGGCCUCGACAUCCUCGGCGAAUGCGAACUCGACCUUUUGAAUCGGUGGAUGGGCAGUCUACUCAAAGAGAAGGGCAUUGAUAUUUUUCGCAUGAAGGGAGUGAUUGCGAUCCGAAACUGCGCAGAAAAAUUUGUUUUCCAAGGCAUCCAUAUGAUUUUUCAAGGCGAAAAACAGGAUGGGUGCGUUUGUUAUGAGAAGAAAGAUGUAAAGUUGAAAUUGUAAGUAGUUGGUCUAAUGAUUGGAGGUUUUAGAUGCAUGCUGCGUUUAGAUUGGGUAUCUACUUGUAGAUUUUCAAAAUUUUCCGCAUGUUGCCUACUCGAAAAAGAAGAACUAUUUUUUAGUGAAGCAACCACAGGCCGCAACUCGAAAAAGAAGAACUAUUUUUUAGUAAGAAGCAAUUAAGAGAAACCUCCCCAUCCCCACGAGACCGAUUUCAUCCUUCGGCGCCCGAUGAAAAAAGACGCAACCGGGUAGUCUUCAUCGGUCGCAACCUUGACCGAGAGGAAUUGCACAAUGGUUUUACCAGUUGCUUGGCACAACUACCUGAACAAUCGUCAAUGGGCGGGCUAGUUGUACUAGAAGGUGAAGGAGCCCCUUCCGAAGGGAAGCACUGUAGUCCUCAAAAUAUGGAAUUGGAACAUUUCCUCAGUUGCGGUGAAGAAGACGGGGAGAUCUAUCUCUAGUCUAGAUCUUUCUAAAGAAAAACCACUUGAGUACUUCUUGGCUGACAGAUAAUGUUGCGUUGAUGCAUGUUAGUCUAUGAACAAAGAACUGAUUAAAUGAUAUUACCGUUUCCACCUUGUACCCCGAUAGUUUUAAGAUUAGGAACACUGCUAGAUGAUGUCAUUUUCAAGGUAAAUUUGAAUGUUUUUUUUUCUACAACAACACGAAUUAUACCUGUGGCAAUAUUGGCAACAUGAGGAGUUCCACGUAGCGCACUGUUAUUACAUGUACUUCUGACAGAAGAUGAAAAAGAGCCCGUUUUUCGUAGAUGGCAAUUUCAUCAUGGAAUGACCCGACCUGAUAUGGUCGUUUACUGCGACGAACAAAGCU